AUGAGUGCUUGCUGCCAGGGCCACUACCUGAUGCCAAGGCUUACUGAGAAUGAAGAUGCUUUAUUGGCUCCUCAGGAGAUGCUGGAAACUCCCGAACCCAAAGCAGUUCUGAUGCCUCAAACAUCUGCAGUCCUGAGACCCCAGAGUGGGACACUUCAGUACCCCAAGCAGACAAGCGCUGAAACCAAGGGAGGCUGGCCCCGUCCCCCCCUGAAUUACUGCCUCCUCAUCACCCUCGCCCUGUGCAACAGCACCAGUGGCAGUCUGACUGUGCAGCAGAUCUACCAGUUCACACGGCAGCACUUCCCAUUUUUUCAAACGGCCCCAGAGGGCUGGAAAAACACAAUCCGACACAAUCUGUGUCUCAGAAGCUGCUUUAAGAAAACUACUGGCUUUGUGUGUGGUGAAAGAAACCGCAAGUCCCGGCUAUGGAAACUGACUGCAGAAGGACGCAGAAGGUUUCAGAAGGAAGCACUGGCUCUGCCCAAGGAGGCUCUCGACUUGGUGCGCCAAAGCAUGAGCAAACCAGAUCUCAUGACAUCUCUCUUCAGCCUGUGA